AGUUGCAAACUUUGUGUUGCAAAGGACAAGCAAUCAUUUGAGACAACACGUUUGCCAUCCCUCUGAGAGAGGAAAGUAGAUAUCUUAAAAAUGCAUUCGUUUAGUUUUGCUUUACGUGGGAUCUGAUAAUGGCGCAGUAAAUUUAAACAAAAUCUUAUCAACUGAUCAAAUUUAAGGAAAGUAAUAACGGGGAUAAGGGUGAGGAGGAGAAAAUGUAGACUGGGUGAGCUUUAAUUUCACAUUAGGCAGAGAAAGGAAUAGACGGGGCGAAAAAUUUCGGAUUAAGAGAAAAUAAAGUAAAAAUUAAAAGUUUUUAAUUAGUUCGUAGAAUCAGCUAGUUACUCCCAUCAAUCUGACACUUGAAAUGUGGACGGGCAGGUGUUGGAUUGGGGUGACAAAGUUAAAAAAAUCACACCAGGUUAUAGUCCAACAGGUUUGUUUAGAAGCACUAACUUUCGGAGCACUGCCCGUUCAACAGGCGAUUCUACAACCACUGUAUGAAGGAGCAGCACUUGGAAAGCUAAUGCUUCCAAGUGUCUGUUAUCUGAAGGAAUGACAGCUGGAUCUAUUGCAGUCCCACACAUCAUCCCACUGAGGAUUCCUCUCCUUGGUAAAUUCAAGAAUGAAAUUGAUACUAACACUCUUAUCGAACUCAAAUCAGACACCCCUGAUGUGGAUAUAUACUACACAGUAAAUGGCAGCAGACCUCAAUUCUUGAAGAAACCAAAUUAUGGGGAGAAUUCAACCAUAAAAUACAAAGAACCAUUCACAUUGCAAGCCGGCAAAGGAACCAUUAAAGCUUAUGCUGUUUCUAGAGAUGGUCGAGAGAGUGGUGUGGUGACCAAGGUGUUUUUUGUGGAGUAUAUACAGCCCAAUGCAGUGGAGAUAUUGGAGGAUGAUGAUAAGAAUUUCAUACAAGAUUAUGCAAAGGAGCUUUCCAGACAGGAAACUCAAGAGGGGUUGGGACCCCCCACAGCUACAUUCAAUACAACUCCAAGCAAGGAAAUCAAGCACUCUUGGGAAGAGACAAUAGAAAAAAUUCCUGAUCUGAAAAUAGACGACGAUGGUCUGCAUAAAUCAUUCAAUGGUCCACGUUUCCUAAACAGUCGUUUUGGAAUGUCAACCCCUGGACAUGAGCUGACUUCAACUCCUCAGUCCCAAAGGUCCCAGUUGGUCACUUCCAUCGAUGCCAGUCCUCCCAAGACCUUGAGCAGUACCCAGAGCAUGAGAAUCCAAAGGGAGACUGACUUUCUGAAGUGUGCUUAUUGCCUUGCCCCUCGUCCAUCAGAUCCUUUUGCACGUUUCUGUCACGAAUGUGGCUCACCAGUUCCUCCAGUGCCCGGUCGUAGGCUUCCACCACCUGAAGGAGCUCAGAUGGGACUCUGUGUGGAAUGCAAGACAGUGGUCCCAUUGAAUACUCCAACAUGUAUUGUGUGUGAGGCCCUUAUAACCCCUCAGCUAAAGCCUCAGGCCAGCAUCCAUCUUAAGGACAAGACUAUCUGUCGAUCUUGUGGGACAGGCAAUCCAGCCAAUAUCCAGCAUUGCCUUACUUGUGAGACCAGGCUGUCAGAAUCACCAAAAUCUCAUUUUAAUGGAGAUUUCCCUCCGCCAUUACCAAGUCAUGAAGGAAAGAUGCUGGCAUGUUCCAAGUGUGGCCGGAUUAACAACACUGAUGCACGAUUCUGCGACUGGUGUGGAGCCAAGCCUGGUCCUCCCAUGAGCUACCUCAGCUGCUCAAAGUGUGGAGCAACUAACCAUCCAUAUGCUCGUUUCUGUGGAAGCUGCGGCCUUUACCUGGAACCCCCUGUGCGGAUGGAUUCACACAACAGUACACUUCUUGGUGCUGGCCAAUCCACAGUUCUGGCGGAGACCACAGAUCUGCAUUCUUCUCCAAUCUGGCAACCUUUGACUAUCCCACUACAGAGGCUUGGGUUGGAAUCUAAGAAGGACCAAAGCACCCAAACAGUUGGUCUAUUUUACCCAUCCUGUAAGAUGCUGGAGAAGAAGGAGAUGGAAGUCAUAAUGGAACAAGAAAGACAGCAGAAGAUGACCGAUCGACGUCCCCUUCUAACAGCCAUCAGCCCUGGAAGGGGAUAUUGGAGGUUGCAGUUAGAUCAUAUCUGUGCUCAUCUGCGCAGUUAUACACAAAACAAUACAGAAUUCCGGGCUCUACUUGGAGAACCUCAAAUGGGAAAGAUUGUCUCAGCUACUGUCCAUGAAGAUGGUUAUGAGCUUAGUCUCCAAGUGAACUUUGUCCUUGCAGGAAAUAAGAGCACUCUAGUUGGAAAGGCACAGAAGCUUUCUGAGAACAACUUCCUUAGUAGUGUGACUGAAGGCAGAGAUGGUUGCCAUAGUAGUCUGACCAGUUUAGCCAGUGAGUCUCAUUCAGACGAAGCAUGCACAAGCAAGAAACCCAAAAGUUCAAGGAGGAAAAGACAAGUGACAACAAAAGAAGAAAGAUUGCCACUCAAUGACAGACAAUUACUGAAAGAGGUGGGACCAACUGGCUUGGGGAGAGUCUCCGAGGUACAGGAGUUACUUGAUGAAGGAGCAGACCCAAACUGCAGCAACAAAGACAACAGACCAGCCCUAACUGUGGCCGUUAUGAAUCAACAUCAUGAGGUUGUCCCAGUGUUGGUGCAGAAAGGGGCAGACAUUAACCAGCUGUCAGGGCCCCUUAAUAACACUGCUCUCCAUGAGGCUGCUGAGAUGGGAACUCAAGGAGUGAAAUGUGCAGCCGUUUUACUUGGUUGCAAUGCAAGUAUAAAGAAGAAAAAUGAUAAAGCUUUAACAGCAUAUGACAUAGCUGUCAAAAAUGGCAAUGACCAACUUACUUCACUGUUUGCUGCAAAAAUGGGACAAGGAAUGUUAGAUAAAUUCUCCAAGACCAAGCAUGUCAGCCUGGAUGUCUUUUAAUAAUUCCUUGAAGGUUCGGGCACAUCCAGCACCAAAGUUGUUUUUCAGUGCAAAUAUUCAAGUAUGCUUUAAUUUAUAGAACUCACAUUUUACAACUAGACAUGAAACCAUCUCCAGAUGCAAAAGCAAGUUCGGGCUCUGAGAAAGUCAAUCGUUCUGCAGCUGUAUGUUUUUAAGAGGCCCUCAAUAUUUUGAAAAGACUCAACAGAUAAUCUACUAAGAGAAGAAAGACGAGUCUUUGUGUUCUUUGUCAAUAUGAAAUUGACUUUUAGAUUGGGUUUACCUCAAGCAAACUAUUUUAAAAAAACAAGCAUUGAACUGUGAGUUGCUGGUUUUGAUCCAGCAUGUCUUUUAUAAAUUUAAUCAGAAAAA